AUGGAGCCACGAGGGAUUGUCAAAGCCUUUCCCAAGAGGAAGAAAGUGAGGGAUGACUCGGGGAAAAGUGUCCCUCCAAAGAUCUCUAAAGAGGAAGGAACAGAGAUACCUGAGGAUUGGCUGAAACCAGUCACCGCCUAUGUGUUGCAAGCUGGCAUCGGCCAAGCCAGGGCGGAUAUCUUCCACAAGCAGAUUGUCCAGAAUGGGGGUGUUGUGCAUGACCAGCUCUCCUCAGAGGUGACACACGUCAUUGUGGCUGAAGACAUGGACUGUGAUCGGGCCUUUCGGCUCCUCAAAUUAACCAAACUACCUUCAGGAUUGCAGCUAGUGAAGGCAUCCUGGCUAAGUGCUUGUAUUAGAGACCAGAAGCUGCUGAGUACCGCUGGCGCUGGUGUCUUUAUCCCUCACAGGUACCUGGAGGAAGAAGAACUGCAGAAAGAACAGCAGCAGCAGGUCCCCAGCAGUGAAGAGGUCCAGCCCUCAGCAGAGGAGGGAGCAGUGAAACCAAAUACCAAAGCGCGGGUGGAGGAUUCCUCGCAGCGAGGCCUGGGCACCCUUGGGCAGCAGCAGCUGACUGAGAAAGUCUCUGAUGAUGAAGACAGUGAAGGAGAAGAUGCUGGUGUCACCCAGGGAGAUCUGGAAGCAUUGAUUUCUGGCCACUACCCCGUGAAAUCAUCAGAGGAGACCAGUGACAGCUCUUCUGCAGUGGGCCAGCCUGCCAGCAAGUGGGUUUGUGCCCAUUCCUCCAACAGCAAGAAGGAGAAUCACAACCAGUGCAUCACAGAGAAGCUGGAAGUGCUCGCAAAGGCCUAUUCUGUCCAGGGGGACAAGUGGAGAGCUCUGGGCUACUCCAAAGCCAUCAAUGCACUCAAGAGCUACCACAAACCAGUCACCUCCUACCAGGAAGCCUGUAAAAUCCCUGGGAUUGGGAAGCGAAUGGCAGAGAAGAUCCUGGAGAUCUUGGAGAGUGGGCAUCUGCGCAAGCUGGAUCACAUCAGUGAGAGUGUUCCUGUGCUGGAGUUGUUUUCCAACAUCUGGGGAGCAGGGGUCAAGACAGCUCAAAUGUGGUACCAGCAGGGUUUCCGGACGCUGGAUGAUAUCCGCACCAAGGCGACUCUCACCAGCCAGCAAGCUGUGGGGCUGAAGCACUACACGGAUUUCCUGGAGCGCAUGCCUCGGGAGGAAGCUGCAGAAAUAGAACAGACCGUCAGACAAGCUGCCUUGGCCCUGAAGCCUGGGCUCGUGUGUGUGGCAUGUGGCUCCUACCGUCGAGGGAAGUCCACCUGUGGAGAUGUGGAUGUGCUGGUCACUCACCCAGAUGGGCAGUCUCACCGUGGGGUGUUCAGCAAGCUGCUUGACAGCCUCCACAGGAGUGGCUUCCUUACGGAUGACCUGGUGAGUCAAGAGGACAAUGGUGAUCAGAAGAAGUACCUGGGGGUGUGCCGCCUCCCUGGGCCAGCCCGGCGUCACCGCCGGCUUGACAUCAUUGUGGUGCCUUACAGUGAGUUUGCCUGCGCCCUGCUCUACUUCACCGGCUCUGCUCACUUCAACCGCUCCAUGCGGGCCCUGGCUAAGACCAAGGGCAUGAGCCUCUCGGAGCACGCCCUCAGCUCAGCCGUGGUGCGAGGCCCUGGAGGCGUCAAGAUGGCACCUGGCCAUACUCUACCCACUCCCACCGAGAGAGACGUCUUUGUUCAGCUGGGGCUGCCGUACCGGGAGCCCUCAGAACGAGACUGGUGAUACCCAGUUGUCACCCCACACCCUGAGCCUACUGCCACGCUGCUGUUUUGAAGGGUGCUGGUUUCUCUGGUGCUGCUCUGUGGUGACUG